GGAGGGUCCUGCCUGGGCACUUGCCUGCGAGGCAGGCUGUCCCAAACGGCGUGUCCCUGUGCUGGGCGUGCUGGGCACUACUGGCAUGGAGCUGUGGAGGCCGAGCUGCACCAUUGCUUCUUGAGCAAAUGAGAUCUGGAGGAGGCUGGUGGCACUGGCAACACCUUGCUGGGGGUGUUGGGAGGAGUUGGGCAGCACUUGGACCUGGGGCACGGUGUCCCGUGAGUCUGGCGUGGGGCUGCAGGGUGGCCGGUCAGCUGGGUGAGUGUCACCAGCUUUCCCGUGGUGCUGGGGGGCGGCCGGGAGGCUGGUCUGGAGUGAAUGCCGCUGGCUUCUCUGUGGGGCUGGGCGUGCACACGGGAGGGACGGGCUUAGCUGUGGGUCAAACAUUGACUGUUGUGCCGCCGUUUUUCUGAUGCCACAGGGAUGCCCGUGGGUCUGACUGGGGCACAGGGGAGCAGCGGUGAGUGCGGAGUCUGGUGAGGGGGUUGGCAUGUGCAAGGGCACCUUUGGGAGUGCUGCACCAUGCUGUGGUGCCGGGCAGGGUAUAUGCAUGGUGCCGGCUGAGCGCCUGCCCUCUGUCACUCGCAGGCAGCCACUGGACCCCCCCAGCACCCCCAUGUGCGACCCUGUGAAGCUGCGGCUGAUAGAGGAUGCUGAGGACUGGCAGCCCCGUGCUGGGACCUCCCAGUCCCGCUCCUUCUGCAAACUGGCCCGGCUGAUGGGCACAGACAGCAUGGAGGAUCGCGAGGAUGAGCUUGUUAAAAAGCCCAGAGCCAAGCUGUUGGCGGAGCCGCAGAGCCUGCCCUGCGACAGGCACCGCCAGCGCUCAGCCACUGCUCUCGCCAUCGCCUCGGGAGGGUCCUGCCUGGGCAUUUGCCUGCCAGGCAGGCUGUCCCCUGACCAGGUGUCCUUAUGGUGGGUUGUCUCUGUGACAAGGUGCUGGGCAGGACCCGCUGGGCACUGCUGGCACACAGCUGAGGAGGCCAAACUGCACUGAGGUGUCCUGGACACAGUGGGUAGGGGCAGCUGGUGGCACUGGCAACACCUUGCUGGGGGUGUUGGGAGGUGCUGGGCAGUGCCUGGGCUUGGGGUGCGAUGUCCUGUGAGGCUGCAGGAUGGCUGCAAGGCUGGUCUGGAGUGAAUGCUGUCAGAAUCUUCAUGGGGCCCAUGCCUCUGCGAGGCUGGGCGUGCGUACAGGAAGGAUGCACUGAGACGUAGGUCAACCACUGACUGUUGUGCUGCCAUUUUUUUUGAUGCCACAGGGAUGCCCAUGGGUCCAGCUGGGGCACGGGGGAGCAGUGGUGAGUGCCAGGGUCUGGCGAGGGGUCUGGUGUGUGUGAGGGUGCCUUUGGGAGCGCUUCCCUGGGCCAAAGCAGUCUUCAUGGUUGGUGCCGACUGAACGCCUGCCUUCUGUCACUCGCAGGCAGCCCCCGCAGCCCCCGGAGGC